AUGCCGGCCGCCCCGGUCACUGGUGCAGAGCACAUCAUCAGCCGUGGCACUGACGAUGCCCUCCCCCAAGGCAAGCGCACCGCCUACAUCGCCCUGGGAAGCAACCUUGGCGACCGCAUCGGAUGGAUCCAGAAAGCCUGCGAUGAGAUGGAUGCUCGAGGCAUCAAGGUGAAGAGGACUAGUAAUCUGUGGGAGACAGAGCCCAUGUAUGUUCUGGACCAAGAAAGAUUUGUCAAUGGUGCCUGCGAGGUUGAGACAGAGUUGAAGCCUUUAGAGCUUUUGGAUCAGCUCCAGGAUAUAGAAAACUCCCUUGGCAGGAAGAAGAUCAUUGAUAAAGGGCCUCGAAAUAUUGAUCUCGACAUUCUCCUGUACGAGGACGAGAAGGUCAACCAUGAAAGGCUCACCAUUCCCCAUAUCGGCAUUCCGGAGCGCGAAUUUGUGCUUCGACCACUCGUAGAGCUCAUACCGCACAAGCCGUUAGAACCCUCGCGGCCCUGGAAACUCUUACAGGACUAUCUCAACGAGUUGCCGCCAUCAUCAACACCUCUGACCACGAUGACGCCUUUGUCAACGCUUCAGGAGCCGCUGCAGCCCCUCAGGCAUAACAGAAGAACCCAUGUCAUGGCUAUUCUCAACAUGACCCCUGAUUCGUUUAGUGAUGGGGGAUUGCACGCACCUUCGGAUCGAUCAUCCCUAGUUGAGACGAUCAACGCAUUUGUCAAAGCAGGGGCCACCAUGAUCGAUGUCGGCGGCCAAUCUACCGCACCCGGCAAGCCAGAGGUCUCUGCUGAGGAAGAGAUCUCUCGAGUGGUGCCGGCCAUCGAGCUUAUUCGAAGCCUGCCCGAGGCCAAGGGCCUCGUUAUCAGCGUGGAUACGUAUCGUGCCUCAGUUGCCGAGGCCGCAGUGGCGGCUGGAGCGGAUAUGAUCAACGAUGUGUCGGCCGGAAACAUGGACGCGGAAAUGCUGGACACGAUGGCCAGGCUCGGCAAGGCGGUGUGUCUGAUGCACAUGCGGGGCACGCCCGCCAACAUGAACGACCUCAACGACUACGGCGAGGAGGGCCUCAUCCCCACGAUUGCUCGCGAGCUGGUCGAGCACGUUGCUGCUGCCGAAGCCGCUGGUAUCAGGAGAUGGCGCAUCGUCCUCGACCCAGGUCUGGGGUUCGCCAAGGUGGGCGAGCAGAAUAUCGAUGUGCUCCGGCACCUCGACGAGCUGCGGAACUGGCCCGGGCUGCAGGGCCUGGCGUGGCUCGUGGGAUCCAGCCGCAAGAGUUUUAUUGGGCGCAUCACGGGCGUGCCCAAGCCGGCGGAGCGCAUCUGGGGCACUGCGACGACCGUCGCGGCGGCGGUCCAGGGGGGUGCCGACAUCGUGCGCGUGCACGAUGUCCAGGAGAUGGCGCAGGUAGUCACGAUGGCCGACGCCAUUUGGCGUUAUCGGUGCUGA